ACUAGUCCCAGUCAUCAGAAGAAAUGGCAGACAACCAACCGAUCAAAUACUUAGACUCGGAGGCAGAGGGUGCUGUGCUCUGCCAAAGAUGCAAAAACGAAAAGGCGUUAUUGGUUUCUCGGAAGGAGCCUUUCUGCAAGAACUGUUUUAUACGAUUUAUCAGAGGCAAGCAGAGAAAGCAGAUGCAAGACGAUAAGUAUAAAGUGAAGUACGGAGCUUUGAUCGAAAAAUUGGGUGUGCAAAAAAUCCUCUUGACGUUAUCUGGCGGCCCAUCUUCUCUCGUUCUCUUGGAUGUCAUGGCAUCGUUGUUAAAGGAACAGUUCGAAGGUCACAAUGGAAAGCAGGGCUUCGAGUUGGUGGUAUUAAACAUAGAAGAGUUUGAAAUACAGGCAUUAAAUAAGAGGCUCGACCAGCUCUUGCCUCAGAUUUUGAGUCUCUACGCCCCCAUCAAAAUCACCUAUAAGGUCUUAUCAUUGAGCUCAUACAUCUUGGACCAAGAAAUGUUGGAGAAAAUUCUGAUCAACAAAGAAUUUACGGGAUUCAGCUCCCCAGCACCCAAAGCUGAACAUAGGCUUGAAGACUUGUUGGCAUUAUGCCCAAAUAAAUCCUCAGCGGAGGACUUGUUGACAAUUGUGUACGAUGAGCUCAUAUUGAGAACAGCCUAUAUCGAAUCUUGCCAGACGAUCCUUUACGGCCACAGCAUGACCAGAAUAGCAAACGAAAUCAUUGCCUUGACAUGCAAAGGAAGAGGUUCCACCAUUUAUAAGGCCGUGGCCGAUCACUCCAUUAAUUUCAGAGACAAUGAAUAUAAAAUACUCUUUCCCUUGAGAGACGUGCUUUACUCGGAAGUGUUGGCUUAUAGCAAGCUCAGUGGUCUCGAUGCUUAUAGAGUUGAGUCCACCAUCAAAAAGUCCAAAAUCACCAAGAACCUCACCAUCCGUGACUUGACCACUAACUACUUUGCUACGUUAGAUGCUACCGGGUAUGCAUCGACAGCAUCCACGGUGGUAAAGACUGGUGAAAAGUUGGGAGCUCCGAAAGAUAGUGUUAUAGCCCAUUGCCAGAUCUGUGGAGUGGAGAUUUAUCAGGACCCUAGAGGCUGGUUGAGAAAGAUCACCGUGAACGAGGCUGCUCCCAUCGACACUGAGGAAGAAAAGGAUUACGCCAAACAAUACGAAGCCACUUUUGGCACCGAAUAUAUUCCCGAUGAGCAGAAUCCGGUGCAUAUUUGCUACGGCUGUAUUGUGACGAUCGGAGGAGUCAAACAGGACGGUGGCUUCGUGUGGCCAGUCAAAAGAGGAGAAUACGAGGGGGAGAUCAAAAAUACCUACAUCAACUCCGAAGACCAGGCAGUGUUGGACGAGUAUAUUCUUACGGACGAUGAAGAGUAGAUGGUAAGAUGGUACUCUCUAUCAGAGAAUGUAAUCCGUUCUUUAUGGACGGUGGAUUGGCAAGCAAGCUCAUGUAUAAAUAAACCCCGGCUAAUAGUGGCCUUACGUAGUUGUAAUUCAAAUA